GGACUUAGACCUGAUCUAUGUGUCAGGUAUGUUUCCUUAGUAUUAUAUUUAGAAUUGAUCUGUAUGUUUUCACAUGGAUACAUUUUAAAGAAUCAGGUAAAUAUAGAAGGAAUUGUGAUAUUUUGAGGUUGGAGGUGUAGCUUAGAGGAAGGGUGUGUACUUAGCAUUGUUAAGGCCCUUGGUUCAGUUCCCAAGCAGCUGCCCUGUCCUACCCACUGAAAUUAGAGUGUCUUAAAGACAUUCUGUGUAUGGUCACAUGUUGUGAAAUGCGAGCCUUUGUUGACAGUGGCAGAUUUGUGAGUGGUGUUGAGCAGCUGUGCAGGUGUGGUGAGCACCUCCAGCCUGUCCCUCUGUCUGUGCUAGCUGUGUGAAUGUUCCAGGCUCACCUCCUCUGGCUCACUUCUCUUCAUCCUGCAGUGCACAGCUGAAUCUGUUCCGGACUCAGUGUGUGAUGGCCUGCUGUCUGACUUCACUGUAAUAAUCCACACAAAUCCUUGUUGUGCUCUUCAAUUUAUGAAGGCUGCUUUUUUAAAAAUUGUUGAAAUGGCAGGUGAAGAAAUGAAUGAGGACUAUCCCGUAGAAAUUCAUGAAUCUUUAUCAGCCCUGGAGAGCUCCCUGGGUGCUGUGGAUGACAUGCUGAAGACCAUGAUGUCUGUCUCUAGAAAUGAGUUGUUGCAGAAGUUGGACCCACUGGAGCAAGCGAAGGUGGAUUUAGUUUCUGCAUACACAUUAAACUCAAUGUUUUGGGUUUAUUUGGCAACCCAAGGAGUUAAUCCGAAGGAACAUCCAGUGAAGCAAGAAUUGGAAAGAAUCAGAGUCUACAUGAACAGAGUCAAAGAAAUAACAGACAAGAAAAAGGCUGCCAAGCUGGAUAGAGGUGCUGCCUCGAGAUUUGUCAAAAACGCACUCUGGGAACCCAAACAGAAAAACACACCAAACGUUGCUAAUAAAGGAAAAAGUAAACAUUAACUUUUUGGUUUUGAUGGACAUGUUUCCAAAAAGUACAUCGUUUUUAUCAGUUUACAAAAUAAGUAGUUAUGUGGCAAUGUGAGGUUUAAAUGGAUUCCUUUUUGAAUUCAUAUAUAAAUUUACACAUUAAAUUUGUGAUACUGAAUCUUUUUUUGCUGAGAAAGACUAAAUUGUCCUUAUUGAUUUUCAUAUAGAGCAUCAUGUUUUUAAUAUUGUAAGAUAUUCUGUAAACAAUUGUGAAAUCCAAAUGUUCUUUGUAAACAUUUGUAGUGUUUUAAAUGUAUAAUGAGAUUAUGAAGUGUGCUGUCUAUGUACUGGAGUUAUCAGGACAUCUGUUUCCACUAAUGAUGAUAAAUGCAAUGACUUAAAUACCCACUUUGUUUUCUGUUUAGUUAGUUCAACAUGUUUCUGUGAUUUUUGGAGUAAUUGCUUUCUUGAUAUUCAAAGUGAAGAAUUGAAACCUUAAGGCUGUGCUUUAAGUCUUCAUGUUCCAUUUAAAAUAAAACAUUCUCAUUACCACUGGUGGAAACUGA